AUGGAUCUUCUAUCCGUCCUACCUGGCUUUGUAACAAAACCCUUCGCACACAUCCUCCCUCCGCUCGAACGAGCUAAAGUCACCACCGUCGACGUGAUCACCCUCGACUCCCUCGAGAUCGCCAAACGUGCCCGCGUGCCUCCCGCAGACGUUCGCCGGCUCUCCUCCCGCAUUGUCGAGGCAUUGCACACUGAUAUUGGCUUUGAGAAGCUAGAAACAAAUUCAGAGGCUGGUGAUGGGCCUAGCUCUAGUAUAAACCCCGAUGUGGUGAGGACAAUUGGCUCGACGAAGCGCGCGUCACAAUGGAACACUAUAAGUACUCUUGACCCCGCAAUGGAUGUACUCCUAGGAGGUGGGAUUCCUACUGGCUAUGUGACAGAAGUUACAGGUGAGAGUGGAAGCGGGAAGACCCAAUUCCUUCUAAGCCUCUGUCUAGCUGUCCAGCUACCCAAACCACAGGGGUUACGACGGCGCGCUAUGUAUAUAUCAACCGAACACCCAUUAUCUACGCCACGACUCUUAGAACUCAUAGAAUGUCAUCCUGUCCUCUCAGCACUCCCCGCCGAGCAGGCGCCCUCGCUGGAGAAUAUCCUGUCCAUCAACGCCAUGGACCUGGAGGCACAAGAUCAUAUAUUGAACUACCAUCUUCCUGUCGCCAUCGAACGCUAUGACAUCGGCCUAGUCAUCAUCGAUUCAGUAACAUCCAAUUACCGCGCUGAAUUCACAUCAAACAGCAUCCAAUCGAGCACCAAACGGUCAUCCCAGCUCGCAAAACUGGGCCAUCUACUGCGCAAUCUCGCCGUGAAGGAAGAUCUCGCUAUCGUGCUUGCAAACCAAGUCUCCGACCGUUUCGAGGCUAUAAAAAGGAGCGAGCCGCCAACCCCGCGGACAGUGUUUCCAUCCAUACCGAGUCAAACAGCUUCACCCCUCCCGAAAUCCAGAACUAAACAGUCAGCUGGAAGCCAGCAGGCCCCACCCUCUUCUGCUAUCUCUUCGUCGCCAUAUCAUGCCCCGCACGAUAAAAACUUCGACGGCUCGUACCUGAUUGCUCCUCGGGCACGCAGUAGCAAGUUGAACGUGGCUCACCAGGAGCGCUUCUACUCCGGCUGGGGGGAUGGCGCGUCUCCGAAGAAUCCGGCGCUGGGCUUUUCCUGGUCAACGCAGAUCGCCUGUCGAAUUGCAUUGAAGAAGGAAGAACCACAUGCUGUAUGUGUUCCAGUGGAGGAAUGUGCAUAUUCGUCUACGCAGGAAUCAUCUCAGUUCCAAAAUGAAGGAAAUGCAAAUGCAAACGCCUAUCGAGACCCAGACUCGAUAGCAAUGCCUGCUCCUUAUCUCAAGAAUAGAGUUUUUAACCCACAGAACCAACCUACUCCGGGCUCUGAAUCUACUACACGGAGGACUAUGAAACUUGUGUUCUCGCCGUGGACGGCGGGCCCGAAGGAUACGCCACGAAAGGGCCAGCCAAGUAGAAGAAGCGGCGAGAUAGCGUUUGAGAUCUGGAAAGGUGGGCUGCGAAGCACGAAUCGUGGUGAAUGA